AUGGCGCCUGAGACUCUAGACCUAGAUUUAUCGCGCUUCCCCAAACUCUCACGCGAGCAGGCUGGCCAUGUACGACACUUCUGGAACAUUAGUACUAGCAUUGACGGCCAGUGGCCGCACAUGGGUACCCAAGAUCCAGACCAGGCUUUUCUCGACGCAUACCGAUACCAGCUAGCCACCAUGACCUACGCGGCGGGCGUGGCACACUACCACCGUCUUCCCGCGAUGAGGAGCCUCUUCCAGCCGCUGAUUCGCAAGCUGAUCGGGAAAAUGUUGCGACCAGAGGUCUGGUCCUACUGGUAUCUAACCUCGCAGUCUGGCAACCGCUUGGACCCGGACCUCAACAAGCUCCGCCAGCCGUGGGCGGACCCCGUGGUCCGAGAGAACAUCAUGUAUAGCGGGCACUUGCUGAUGAUGACGAGCUUGUAUGCCAUGCUCUUCAAUGAUAACGAGUUUGAGCAGCCGGGCAGCCUGACCUUUAAAUGGGACCCGUUGUUUUGGGGGAUGGGACCCGAAAGCUUCUUGUACGACAACCGGUCCCUUCAGGGGGCUAUCCUAAAGGAGAUGGAACGCAGAAUUCUAAUGUCUCUGGGGGCUCUAAGGGCGAAUGCAUUCAUGAACACCUGGAAUUCGGAAUUUGUGAGAGACAGCUACAGCAAACAAGCUCUCGGGUUCAUUACCGACAUCGACGGCCACAUCGAGCUCCACCACCCGGCGAUCGGUGCGACGAUACGGCAGCUUGUCCAGGAAGAGCAGGCUGACCCGAACUCGGCCGAGACCUUGCAGCGCGCGAGAGAUAAAUAUCUCGCCAAUCGUUCGGCCGGUUUCAGAUACAUGCAACCGCUGUUUGGAUACGUCGUCAAGUGGCUCUCGGAGCUGGGCAAGGCAAAGGAGCUGAAAGCGCUCUUGUCAUAUGCAGACGCGCAGCUCUCUCCCACUUGGGAUAAAGGAGGCCUCUACUAUCCGCGCCAGGAUCAAAUCACGGAUGAAUCGUGCCAUUGGAGAUUCAUGGACCCCUUCACCGGAAAUGCAGCCAUUGGGUAUGCGCGGCUCAACGUCGAGGAUGGUCAAAAGCAGAUGUGGGACAAGCCUUGGACGAGAGAGACCCUUGCCAGCCGCCCAUGGGUAAAUGGACUUAACCUAUCCCAGGGAGUGGACUGCCUCCGGGGGUGUUGGGUGGAUGAGGAGCAGGCCAUGGUAAUGACGCUGAAACCUUGGGACAGUGUUGCGCAUGAGCUCACCUUCUCAAUCGAACACCUCCCAACAGGGCAUUGGGGGUGUUACAAAAACGGACACCUAAUCUCCGAACAUCAAACCGUCAAGGGAGCGUCGGUGGAAGUUUCUAUGGUGAUCUCCCCAUAUGAGGAGACUGAUGUUGUGGUCAUCAAAUUGCCACAGCUCCUCGGCGUGUCCGCUCAGCUUGAGGUCUAUUACUUAUCAGUCCUUUUCUUUGCCCGUGAAAGCCUGAGGGUCGCCGUACAACGACAAGACUCUUCGAAGCUCUCAUCCAACGACACCAAGGAUGGAAAGGAUGACAAGGAUGGCGAGAGUCGUGAUAACCACGUGUCGAACACAUCGGCCCAGGCUGUGGUCAACUUAGGUUAUCUCGCCAUUGCGCUUGGUAUUCCAUUGGCCUUUCUUUUUGGCUGGCUCUACCUUGGUUCCUUGAGUACAGCCACUCUGGCAUCCGCUCCGAAUCUAGUCGUGUCUCUCUACAUCUACGCCCUAGCUGCUAUCGUAGAGCUCGUCUCGGAGCCCGCCUUCGUCGUGAUGCAGACGCGUCUACAGUUUGGCACUCGGGCGACUGCCGAAUCAUCCGCCACCUUCUUGCGCUGUGUCGUCACACUUGGGUUAGCCGUUUGGGGCGCCAACCGCGACCUGGGCGUCCUGCCUUUUGCUCUCGGCCAGUUGGGCUACGGCCUUGGGUUACUUGCCGUCUACGCCUGGUACGGUGCUGGCCUCGCACAAAGGGAAGGCUUCUCCCUCCUCCCUCGCCGCAUCACCACAACCCCAGCCAAGGGCGUGCAGCAUCAGCAACAGCCUGACAAACCGGCAUUCAUCCUCUCUUACUUCUACCGCCCCACGCUGCAACUCGCAUCCAGCAUGAUGGCCCAAAGCGUCGUCAAGCACAUCCUCACCCAAGGCGACACUUUCCUGGUCAGCAUCCUUUCCACGCCCACCUCACAAGGCGUGUACGCUCUCGCCAACAACUACGGCGGCCUGCUUGCCCGUCUCGUCUUCCAACCCAUCGAGGAAAGCAGUCGCAGCUACUUCAGCCGCGUACUCGCCCCAUCCGCUCCCACGCCUCCCCCAACGACCACCACCAGCAACGAAACCAAACCCACCACCAUCACCACCACCAGCCCCGCGCACACGGCCCUCGAAGCCCUGCAAUCCCUUCUCAGAUCCUACCUCCUCCUCUCCCUGGCCAUCACCGCCCUCGGCCCGGCCGCCGCGGGCCCCUUACUCGCCCUGGUCGCCGGCCCGCGCUGGGCCGACUCGGGCGCCGCCGCCUGCCUCGCCGCCUACAUGUGGUACGUCCCGCUGCUGGCCGUCAACGGCGUGGCCGAGGCGUUUGUCGCCUCGGUGGCGUCCGAGGCCGAGGUGCACCUCCAGAGCGCGUGGAUGGGUGUUUUUUCGGUGGUGUUUGGGUUGGCGGGGGUUGUGUUUCUGAGGGUGUUGGGGUGGGGGGCUGUUGGGUUGGUCGUGGCGAAUGGGAUCAAUAUGGCGUGUCGGAUCGUGUGGUGUGUGAGGUUUGUGAGGCGGUAUUUUGGCCGGAUGGCUGGUGUGCGUUUUGAUGUGCUCGAUGUCUUGCCCUCGCCUGGCGCGAUGCUGGCUGCGGCCGUCACGUCGCAGGUUGUGAAGAAGGUUGUUGCAUCGGCGGCACCGGUCGGUGCGAGGGAGGCUAUCGUGGAACUUGUCAAGGUGGCGGCGGUUGCUGUGCCGUUUGUGAUUGCUGUGGCGGUGUUUGAACGGCGAUUUUUGUAUGCCGCGUUCCAGGCGGUCCGGGGACAUCGGCAGUCAAGCUCGUGA